CAAGCACUUAACCUCUCUGUUCUUCUGUGGUCCUUAUGUUUCUAAGGAAGGCAGCAGUGCCUGCCUCAUGUAUUUAAUGAGAAAUAAGUUAUUUCAUGGGUGGUAGUUAUACUGUUGUUUCACACAUGGCAAGUGUUGUGUAAUGGUUGUUCAUGCAACUCUUGGAAGGCCUCAAAUGACUGAAGAACUUUAAGUAAUUAUUUGAAAGUAAGAAGUGUUGGUGAGUGGAGAAUAUCAGAUUUCAGUUGACAUGAUUUGUCUGGCCUCUGCCUCCUAUUCCCACGCAGGAUCCUCUAGCUCAGAAGACAAGUAUCAGUCACUGAGGACAGACAGGACGGCCACCAGGGAUCUGGCAAUAAGAGUGAUCUUCUUAAUCCAGACUGUGGUUGGAAUCCUGGGGAACUUGUCUCUUCUUUACCAUUAUGUCCUUUUUUCUUUCACUGGGUGUAGGCCAAGGCCCACAGAUUUGAUUGUCAAGAACCUGAUUGUAGCCAAAAUUUUGGUCCUGGUCUCUUUUGGAAUACACCAUACACUGUCAACUUUUGGGUGGUAUAACGUGUUCAGUGAUUUUGGAUGUAAAUUCUUCCCCUAUGUUCGCGGCGUGGGCAGGGGCGUGUCCAUUGGCAUGACCUGCCUCUUGAGUGUCUUCCAGGCCAUCACGAUCAGCCCCCAGAACUCCAGAUGGGCAGCGCUUAAAGAGAAAGCUCUCAAGUGCCUUGUCCCUUCACUUGUCCUAUGCUGGGUCUUGCAGAUAUUGAUAAAUAUCAUGUAUCCUGUGGUUAUGGGUAGCACUUUGAACAAGAAUAACAUCACAAACAGAAAAAGUUUUGGGUACUGUUCAGCUGUUCGUUAUGAGAAAACCACAAAUUCAUUGAAUACAAUGUUGUUAACAUUACCUGAUGUGUUGUUUGUGGGGCUCAUGCUCUGGGCCAGCGUUUCUAUGGUUUUCCUUCUGUACCAGCACAAGCAGAGGGUCCAACACAUUCAUCGGAUCAGUGUCUCCUCCACAUCAUCCCCCGAGUCCACAGCCACCAAAACCAUUUUCCUCCUGGUGUGUACCUUUGUCUACUUUAAUACCCUUUCAUCUGUCUUUCAAAUUGUUUUGUCUGUUUUUGACUGUCCCACCUGGUACCUCGUGAACACCAGUUCAGUGAUCGCUCUGUGUUUCCCAGUUGUCAGUCCCUUUCUGCUCAUGAGCCGAGACCCCAGGGUAUCCAUGGUCUGCUUUCCCUGUAUAAGGAAUAUAAAAUGCCCUCAUUUUAUGAGAAUUGUGUAA